CCUCCCCCGUCGUCGUCGUCGUCGUCAGUUCCCAACCUCGCAGGGGAGGGGAGGGCAGGGUUGCAUUGGGAAGCGGCACCCAAAAAACCCCAUCGCACUCCUCGUCUCCUCCUCUUCUUCAAGGUUGCGCCGAUCGACAUCACCAAAUCAAUACAUACAUACAGCUGUGGAAUCGAAUGCCUUCUCCUCCCAUGGUGGUGACCCUACCCUUUGUUUCGCUAGCAUUUACUAUUCCCCGCCCUAAUUACAGUUAACUGCCUUCCUUCCUUCCCACUCGUCCUCUUCCUCCCAAAGCCCAGGCCCCUCUUCUCUUGUUUGUCUUCUCUUCAUGUGGAAUCUGGAUUCUUUCUUUCUUUUCUUUUCUUGUCUUCUCCUUCUCCUCUCUAAUCUAAACUAGUAGUACUAGUACUAGUAUUGGGGUUUAGGCCAUCAUUGAUCUCGGCUACAUCUCCCUCCCUGCAUCAAAGAUCUUGUGAUUUUAAUGAUGUUUCUUGGCACUAUCUGCUUGGUUUUCGGAAAACCUAGUAGCUAGCUAGCAUUCACUUCAGACAUUGGGGCUUGUUAUAUUCCUUGAGGCAUUCGCUUCUCAGUUGAUGCAAAAAUCGCGCCUUUCUUUUUCUUGGGUUUUACAUUCACAUAUUACCUUUACCACCAGACUUGUAAACUUACCCCAAGCAAGUGGAUGAGGCCUUUUCUCUCAUCAUUUUCUUGUCCAUGAUGCCAGGCACCAUGAGCAGUGGGACUGGGAGUAGCCGGUGAAUCAUCAUCCCUUUCAUCUCUGCCGCUGCAAGUCCAACAUGGGUUCCAGCACGGACCGGGCGAGGAAGGCCUUGGACGCCAUGAAGUUGCUCGGCUUCUCCAGGAAGCAGGCCGCCCCCGUGCUCAAGCAACUCUUCAAGCUCUUCAACAACAACUGGGAGCCCAUCGAGGACGAGUGCUACCGCGCCCUCGCCGACGCCAUCCUCGAUGCGCAGGACUCCAAACCAACCCCCGCUUCCCAACCGUCGCAUCAGGGGACUCAAGCAACCCAUGAGGAGUCGGAGCCUUGUGGUGCAUCAACGGACGAUCAACACUAUUCUGCUUCUGCUAGUCAGUAUGACAUGGAUGAUGAUGAUGAGACCCCCCUGGUUAAGAGGCCCAGGAUGAGUGUGGCUGAUUCUGGACAAGAACUGCAGACAUUUGAUAUUGGCCGCAAAUCUUUGGAGCCUGGACCACGGCAAUCCACUGUUUCAACCCAAGGUGUUGUGCCUGCUUCACCGCAAACCACCCGUCCGCAAACUAGGUCCUUGACUCUUGUGCAGCAAGCUGCUGACCAUGGAGGUCCUUCAGCUAUCAUCGACGCUCUCCUCUUGAACAACCCCAAGCCUGAACCCGAAAUCGAUGCAGCACAAGGCAGUCUUAGUGACGGAUUCACCUGCCAAGAUGUUCUAGAUGGCCCUGAUGCCAGACAGCUCAACAUUGGCUCUUCAGGUGGCAAGAACAUGUCAAUCGAACAUUGUAAAUCAAGGAAGAUGAUGACUUCAGGCGCUGGUGGAACUCAGGAGGCAUCUUUUGUGGAACUUGAUGUAGCUUCAUCCACCAUGGGUGAGGUGAAGAUGUCACUGAAAUGCAACUUGAACCCUUCAAAGUUCUCCAUUAGUAUGGAGGAGGUUUUCAAAAUGGUAGAGGAGAAGUGCCUUCAUUCAUACAAGAUGCUACCUCCAGACUUUUCUAUUGGCAAGCUAAUGAAUGAGGUAUGCCAAUCUGUUGCACAGUUGGGUACUAUGCGUUCUGAAGUAAAUAGCAACGGUGGCAUCUUGCAAAAAGAGGCCAAUGCUCCUUUUGUGAAGCCAAUCUCUUGUAAGACUGCCGUGGAUGGAAAUAAUUAUGCGGCUGGAGGAUCAUCAGUGCUUGAAUCCUCUGAACCUUGUUUGCAAAAUUCAAUUGUUUCUUGGGAGCCUGAGUUGGCACUUUGUACACGAAGGCCAACCCAUGAUGUUACUGACAUAUCCAAAGGGGAAGAACGGUUAAGAAUAUCUAUAGUAAAUGAAUUUGGCAGCGAGACCUGUCCUCCAUCAUUCUAUUACAUACCAAGAAACAUUGUCUUCCAAAAUGCUUAUGUCAACAUCUCGAUUGCACGGAUUGGCGAUGAAGACUGUUGUGCUGAUUGUUCUGGGAACUGCUUGUCAGCAUCACUUCCAUGUGCCUGUGCAAGAGCAACUGGGGGUGAAUUUGCAUAUACACCUGAGGGCCUGGUUAAGACAGCAUUCCUUGAUGAAUGCGUCUCCGUUAAUCACUUCCCAGAAAAGCAUCAUAGGUUCUAUUGUAAAGUCUGCCCUCUUGAGAGAUCUGAGAAUCAAGCCUCACCAAAUCCAUGUAAAGGUCAUCUUGUCAGAAGAUUCAUUAAAGAAUGCUGGAGUAAGUGUGGUUGUGGCAUGCAGUGUGGAAACCGUGUGAUUCAGCAUGGUAUAACAUGCAAAUUGCAGGUGUUUUUCACACGUGAGGGUAAGGGCUGGGGACUACGCACACUGGAGGAUCUUCCUAAAGGUGCCUUUGUCUGUGAAUACGCUGGAGAGGUACUAACAAGUGCUGAACUAUACGAACGAAUGAUUCAAAAUGCAAGAAAUGGUAAGCAUAUGCAUCAAGUGCUCCUGGAUGCUGAUUGGGGCUCAGAAGGGAUAUUGAGGGAUGAAGAAGCCCUUAGCCUUGAUGCGUCAUUUUAUGGAAAUGUCGGUCGAUUUGUUAACCAUAGAUGCUAUGAUGUAAAUUUAGUUCAGAUCCCUGUGGAAGUUGAGACGCCUGAUCAUCAUUAUUACCAUCUGGCAUUUUUCACAACCAAGAAAGUGGAAGCUUUUGAGGAGUUAACAUGGGAUUAUGGCAUUGAUUUUGAGGACGUGGAUUGCCCCAAUAAAGCAUUUCGAUGCAUGUGCGGAAGCAGAUACUGCCGUGAUGCAAAGAAUGCAAGGAGGAUGGGUAAAGCAGCUGCUAGGCGAAACUAGGAGGGACUAGUUGGUACGAGAUGAGCGCAACUUCUGCUUGGAGUAGAGGAGGAGGAGAGCGCUUCGUCCAAUGCAAUGCAGCCUACUAGUAUUAGUGUACAUAGAUGAGGAUCAGUGACAGCCUCAUCAUAUUUUGGACAGAGCAGAUGCUGCUGCUAGUCAGGAACCUCGUUAGAUUAGGUUUAUAAGUAACUUGUGCGAUGCCAUCAUCAUCAAUUCAUUAUCAGGUAUGUUAUGUUAGCCUGGGAUUCAGUAACUUGUGCGAACCAGCCCUGCCUACUUUUAUUUAUUUAUAUAUAUAUAAAUAAAUAAAAGUAACUUUUGAA